UGUCAUUUAACUUCAAAAACUGACAUUUUUGGAAAAAGGGGAAGGGUGACUAUGCCAGCUCCAGCGUGUAGAUGUUUGAUCAUAACUGCGGAUGACUUCGGCUAUAGCGAAGAGAAAAAUGCUGGUACUAUAGAAUGUUUUAAAAGCGGAGCGAUUACCGGGGCUUCUCUGCUAACAAAUGGACAGUAUGCCGUAAAUGCCGUGACUCAAGCCAAAGCUGCAAACAUGCCGAUUGAUUUGCACUUGAAUUUGACAGAGGGGUUGCCAGUUAGGCGUAUAAAAUGUAACAGUCUUACUGGUGAAGAUGGUUUUAUGCUCGGUAAAAUGGGAUUCAGACAGGCUAUGGAGGACGGCAGUGUGAACCUUCAACAGGUUAAAGAAGAGAUCCAAGCCCAGAUUAACCGAUUUAAAGAGCUGACAGGACACCUACCUGUCAAAGUGGACGGGCAUCAACAUGUUCAUGUAAUACCAGGAAUCUGUGAAGUAUUUGCUGAGGUGUUGGAGGAAAAUGGUAUCAAAAUGAGUAGACUUUCUAUAGAGGAAUGUAUCGCCAGUCAGAAGUGGUCGUCACAUCAACAAGAACAAUUUAUGCAGGGGGUUGUCCAACAGUGUAUCCAGGCAGUGCCCAUAUUUACAAAGCAUGGUAUAUGGUGUCCAGGAUUUAUUGGUUUGAAAACAAUGGGCAAAGACAUGACAAUCGCUCGCCUCAGUACGUGCAUAACUGAUGCUUUCAGAAGCCAAAGGGAGAAAACUCAACGGAACCCAACAACUGACUUAGUAUGCGAGUUAAUGACGCACCCAGGAAAGCAAACCGGGAAGUCUGGCGGGUGUGGUAACGGACCAGAUGAUUUUUCGCAAUCAGUGGACCGGGAACAUGAAAUGGACGUACUUAUGUCAGAAGUAUUGCUCCAGUUUUAUAAAGACAACGAUAUUAAUUUGAUUUCAUUCCCAAGUUACGGCCAGAAACUGAUGUCAAAAUAGAGAAAAAAAAUGUUCUAAAAUCUUUCUAGUCAAAUGGCAAAAUAUGAUUAAUUUGAAUUACGGGUAUAGGUGUUUUUGCCAACAUUUAAAAAAUAAUGAUAAUCAACUGGAUGGACACUUGGUGCUUUAUGAAGUGUACAAAAAAAAAAGUUAAAGCAUAGUUGAUUUGGUUGGGAUAAUUUCGUUGAAAUAUUAAUUGAUUUUUUUCCCAAAUAUUUGGGACUAUAUAUGAAAUGUUUUAGUUGCAGUUAGAUAUACUAAUCAGUAAAUAAGAAUAUUCGACGAAAGUUACAUACAGUACGGGUGGAGGUAUGCAAGCUUGCUUACAUUUUUUUAUAUAAAUAUGGGGGUAUAUGGGUGUACACUUUAUGUUCCGUAAAAUACACUUGCCGUGAUUUUAUUGAUUUUUUUUUUGUUUUAAAAACGGAGGUUUGAGUAAAUUGACAUACCGAUAGGGGUAUACACUUUGGCUUACAUUUUUAUAAAAUCAGGUGUUCACUUUGUGUUCUUUGAAGUAUAUACUUGCCGUCUUGAUAUUAUAGGAAAUAUAUAUGUUGUUAUUUUAAACUUAAUAUUGAUGUUUUUAUUGCAAUAACUAGUAACACACAGGGCAUUAUUAGAAAGUUUAAUAUGGGGUAAAGUAUGCAAUUUAACUUAGAUGCUAUAAAACUAGUUGGAGACUGGUGUUCUUUGAUAGUAUGUCCGCCCUCGUUAGCUCAAUAGGGAGAGGAUUGGGUUAGUAAUCCAGAGGACGCGGGUUCGAUCCCUAGGCGAGGCACAAUUUCUCAGUGACAGUUGAUCCCGGACAUAAUUUGUCUCCCAUCGCUGAUUGAUCAUUCAUAAAAUCAUGUGGGAUUAGUAGUAGGUCACUUGCGGAGAAGUUGAUAAUUACUUGUUUGUCAAUUGUUUUCCUGGAAAGUCGAUAAGGUGAUAUCACUGCCGAGAUAUGAGUAAAAUAUAUAAGGGUAGCGGUGGCCUAGUGUUGAACGUGUCUGCCUCUCAACCCAGGGAUCAUUGGUUGGAGCCCUAAUCGGGUCACGACCAUGUUUCUUCAUAUGACACCAGCACUGGCUAGUUUCAGGAAGCGGCUCGAAAGUGAUUAAUAUAAUUUGUAAGAACUUGUUUCGAAUUGGAGCUUAAAUAAAUAUGUUUAAACAAGAAAAAAUAUGUUAAACUUGGCGUAAAAGUUAGAAAAAAACACACGAAUCAAUUCUUUAAAAUAUAUUUGCCAAUAUUUCAGUAUAAUAUUUUCGUUUAAUUUGUUGUUGAUUUUUUUUUUUAGCAAUUUUGACACAGACUGACAUGUUUAAGUUCGUCAUUAAUGUCGCCAGGAACAUCGUUUCGUUUGUCUUUUCUUUUAUUGUAUAAUAAAAAAGGAUAAUAAAAUACAUGUGUUGGGUUAUGUAAACAACAUGUAUCAGGACGAACUGACUCGCUUUACCCUGCAAAAGUUAAUGAUAUGCAAACAUAUUUGUACAUAUUUUAUCAUUAUAUUUGCAUAUUUUAAAUACAUAUGUUAAAUGAUCAUCAAUGUUGACAGAGCGGCAAUAAAAUGGUUUGUUUCUUAUAUAAAUUAAUAAUAAAUGUCGUCAAGUUGAUGAAUAAGCGCGUUUAUGAUUUCGGUAAAAACGGUUUAUCAGGUAAUUAAUGUGAAGAUAACUCUUGCAUUUGGACAUUUUUGACAGAUCUAGGUGUUUUGCAUUUCUUGCCCGGCGUCUGCUAAUUGUCAUGAAAGGUAGACGAUAAAAAUUAUUGGGUUACGGUGCAUGUAUACGCAUCGCUUCAAAAACAUUUGUAAAAGGGGUUUUAAUUAGUGUCUUGUUUGGGAAUUUUGAGCGAUAUUUUGAACCAUAACGUAAUGUUAUUACGUCAGCAACGUUACUUACGUAAUUUAUGACAUUACGUUCGUAAAUAAUACUGAUUUUCUCAGGACCAGUAAGAACGCAUAUUAUUAUGCUUUUAAUGUUUCAAAGUAUUUUCAGGAACAUGUAUAUUAUCAAUAUGUUUAUUUUAAGUUUAAAACAAUCAAAAUGCUCAGCUAAUUUAUGUAUGUAAGUUAUUUUAUUGAAUUUGAAAAAAAAUAUAUA